UAUUCAGGAUGAUGCUUGAGUGCGGACGGGAGCGUGUGACGUGUACGGGGAGUAAAGUGUGGUGGUUGCAGGUGGAGGCGCUGCCGCCGCUGGUGCUGGACCUGUGGGUGGAGGCGGUGGGCAGCCCGCUGCAGUUCGCCCUGCGCCCGCCGCCGCCUCGCGCGCCGCUCGACGAGCACCACUACACCGACGAGCCGCCCACACUAUGGGUGUCAGCGCAGGACCCGGAGCACACGCUGCACGUGCGGAACACGUCGCGGGCGCCGCUCGCCGUGCACGCUUACGUGCUGCGCGACCACGAGUACGUGCAGGACCGGCUCCCGUUCCGUGUGUGCGUGCGGCUGUUCGACGUGGCGCCCGCCACCUGCAAGUGCAGCGGCCUCUUCCAAAACGACGACGACUCGAUGUCUAGCGUUUGCGGUGAGCAGAGCAGCAGCGGCGGCAGCGCCGGCGUGGAGAUGGAGAUGGACACCGGCGUGGAGCUGUACUUCGCGCCCGACUGCGGUGUACAGGACGGCGAGUACUUCCAGGUGUGGCCGCGCCAGCAGCAGGUGGCCCCGGGCGAGCGCUGCAGCUGGCGCGUGACGUGCUGCCCGCCCGCCGCGCCGCCGCUGCUGCUGCCGCCGCACACGCUGCUGCUGCGCACGCUGCCGCUGCAGCCGCGCGGGUACACAGCAGCUACUUUUGUCCAGGAUUUGUUGACCGUCUGA